GGUACCCAAACAUUUUAUUGUAAUUACCAUUCUACCCCUAAAGUAAGACAAACCAAUUCUUAGGUUUCAACUACUCACCGACGAAGCAUUCCAUCCGUCGGUCAGAUUCACAAACUUUCCUCCUCUCUCUCCGUCGUCUUCCCCAAAUCUCCUCUUCAUAAUUGACGGAAUAUCCGCCGCCGCUUCGAUGACCUCCUACGGCACUAUCCCCACCUCCACCGCUCCCGGAACCUCCUCCGACCUCGACUUCGUCUCCCGCGGCAAACAGCGUCUCAAAGCCGGCCUCGCCACUCGAGUUCCAUGGCGGCUCAUGUUCGAUUUCCACUCCUUCACUCUCCCUUUCAACUUUCACGAAACUUUCUCUCGCAUCAAAACCAACAUCGUUUACUUCCGUAUGAAUUACGUCAUUAUUGUCCUCUUGAUUCUCUUCUUUAGCCUCAUCUGGCAUCCGAUCUCCCUCAUCGUCUUCACUGCCAUGCUUGCCGUUUGGUUGUUCCUCUAUUUCCUUCGUGAUGAGCCUCUGAUACUCUUCGGCCGUUUGAUUAACGAUCGACUGGUCAUGGCUGUACUCUCGGUGUUCACUCUUGUGUUCUUGUUUCUGACCAAAGCGACGCUCAAUAUUCUGUUGUCGCUUCUGAUCGGUGCUGUGCUAGUGCUGAUCCAUGCCGCUCUGAGGAAGACGGAUGAUCUGUUCUUAGAUGAAGGAGCUACUACAGUCUACACUUUCGGUUCGGAUGCUCCUGGAACUUCAGUUUCUCUAUAUUCAUCGUAAUGUUCAAUUUGAUUUCCAUCUCCAAUGAAGUUUAAUGGUGUCUUUAUUCAUCAA